AUGUACUGGAAUUUCGUCCCACGCGACUUUGUCAAACAGUAUAUGACUAUGAUCGUGGAUACGUUGUCGCGUGAUUCUGUUGUGGGUGUAAGACUGGCUGUGUAUGAGGGAAUGCGAUAUCUCAUAGGUGUACCGGCGUGCCUGAAUGCGGCUGAACAUGCACUGAAAUGUAUAACGCUGAAUGGCAUCAAUGAUAAAAAUGAGCGAGUGAGAGCGGCAGCUUUCGAAAUGCUGAAAAUGCUCAAAGGACAUCGGUAUAUCAGGUUCUUCGACGUCGUUCCAAUGGAAGAAGUUUUAGCACGGCUGCAAGUUGAAACUUCGGAAAGCGUGCGUCGCGAGAUUGUUCCUCUGAUCUUCAAGUCAUUUUUCCCCGACAAAGAUCGAGCUGAUCAGAGUGAAAAGAUGCGUCGUAUAGCUUUCCUAAUCAAGCACGGCCGAAUCUGUGCACUUACCUUUCACCGUCUGCUGUUUCCACUGGGGCUUGUGACGGUUAAGGAAGCCGUGGAGCACAUCCUAUUCAUGACCAUUGUGGUGUAUCGCAGCUUCUCAAAAGGCAUGUCAGCUGACGCUACGAUAGAUGGUUCAAUGCGAUUAGAUGAUACCAUUGCCACCCUCAGCGGACCUAGUCAGGACAUUCCUAUGCCA